CUUAGAGAAUAAAACUUGAGGGGUAACAAGCUCAUAGGCUCUAUUCCUCUGUCACUCUCGAAUGCCUCAAGGUUGGAGACUUUAGAAAUAUCUAACAAUUCACUUCAAGGAAACAUUCCAAAAGAAAUCGGCAAUCUGCACAACAUGAACAUGUUGUCCAUACAAGAUAAUCAACUUACGGGUUCUAUACCAUUGACAAUUUUCAAUAUUUCUAGAAUCGAAUUCAUUGCAUUUACAAACAAUAGCUUAUCAGGAAAUCUUCCCAAUGAUUUAUGCAAUGGUCUCCCAAUACUCAAAGGGCUUUAUCUGUCUCUUAACAAGCUUUAUGGUCAUGUGCCUACAAGCUUGCCAAAUUGUUCAGAACUUCAAAUGCUGUCUUUAUCAUAUAAUGAGUUUGAUGGACCAAUACAUAGUGAAAUUGGAAGAUUAACUAAUCUGCAGCAGUUGACUCUCGGAUCUAACCAUUUCACUGGGAUAAUUCCACAAGAAAUCGGAAAUCUUGUUAAUUUGGUGAACUUAGGCAUGGAGGGAAACCAAAUUACUGGCUCAGUCCCGAUCUCCAUAUACAAUAUCUCCUCGCUGCAAAAUCUUCUACUGUGGGGGAACAAUCUCAAGGGAUCCUUACCACGGGAGAUUGGCAACUUAACCAAGAUGCAGAUGCUCGCGCUUGGUGCAAAUAUGUUUACUGGUGAAAUACCCAAAGAGAUAAGCAAUCUCGUGGAGUUGGAGGAACUUGGUCUUGAACUUAAUAGUUUUAGUGGUUCACUUGCAAUGGAAAUCUUCAACAUGUCAAGGCUGAUGAGCGUUUCUCUUGCACGCAACAAUCUUGUUGGGUCUAUACCUCAUUCAAUCUCCAAUUGUUCAAAACUUACUACUAUAGAGCUUUCAAACAACAAACUCACGGGCUUGAUUCCAAGUGAGCUUGGAUAUUUGACUCAUCUACAGUUCCUAAACUUGGAAAUGAACAAUUUAACCAGUGAUUCAUCGUUAAGCUUCUUGACUUCUUUAACAAACUGCAGAGACUUAAUAUCUCUUGGUCUAUCUACGAACCCUCUAAAUGGUAUGCUUCCGGUCUCUAUAGGGAACUUCUCCACUUCUCUUAUGAAGUUUUAUGCCCGUGCUUGCAAAAUCAACGGCCAAAUUCCAAAUGAAGUUGGGAACUUAAGUAGCUUAUUAAUCCUUGAUAUUGCUGAAAACAACUUGCUUGGAUCAAUCCCCACAUCAAUUGGCAACUUGAGAAAUCUUCAGAUCUUGAGCUUGAGCGAAAACACUCUUACAGGAUUUAUUGGAGAUAAUAUACGUAAAUUGCAGAGAUUGGGUAACAUUUACUUUGGUCAAAAUCAAGUUUCAGGAUCUCUUCCAAAUUGUUUAGGGAACGUUACUUCCCUUAGAGAGAUAGAUCUGGGUUCCAAUAAAUUGAGUUCCAAUAUACCAGCAAGCUUAGGGAAUCUUAAGGAUCUAGUGGUUCUUGUCUUAUCGUCAAACAACUUAGGUGGUUCUUUACCUCCAGAAAUUGGAAAUUUAAAGGCUGCGACACUGAUGGAUUUGUCAAUGAAUCAAUUCUCAAAUGGAAUUCCUAGAGAAAUUGGAGGAUUACAAAAUUUGGAGAAACUUUCUUUGAGACACAACAAGUUGCAAGGAUCUAUACCUGACUCAAUGAGCAACAUGAUAGGUUUGGAAUUUUUAGACGUUUCUCAUAACAAUAUAACGGGAAUCAUUCCCAAAUCCCUGGAGAAACUUCAAAACCUCAAGUAUUUCAAUGUUUCUAUUAACAAAUUGUAUGGUGAAAUACCCUCAGGGGGUCAUUUCAAGAACCUCUCGAGUCAAUUUUUCAUCUACAAUGAAGCAUUGUGUGGUUCUUCAAGAUUUAGUGUCCCGCCAUGCCCUACUUCAUCAAAGCAUAGAUCAAAUAGGAAAAAAUUGCUAGUUUUAUUUCUUAUGAUGGGAAUUGCACUUGUAUUUGUUCCUAUUGCCCUUGUAGCCAUAUGGAUAAGGUAUAGAGGAGGUAAAAGAGCACCUCAACAAGCAAAUUCAUUGUCUACUGCAACAAGAGGAAGAAUUUCAUACUAUGAAUUGCUCGAAGCAACUGAUGCGCUUAGCGAGAGUAAUCUGAUUGGUUCUGGGAGUUUUGGCUCUGUCUACAAAGGAAUUCUCAGAAGUGGGACUACUAUUGCAGUUAAAGUGUUCAAUCUGCAACUGGAAGCGUCAUUCAAGUGUUUUGAUACAGAAUGUGAAAUUUUGCGCAGCAUUCGCCAUAGGAAUCUAGUAAAAGUCAUCACUAGUUGUUCCAAUCUUGAUUUUAAGGCUUUGGUGCUUGAGUAUAUGCCUAAUGGGAGUCUUGAGAAGUGUCUGUAUUCACACAACUACUUCUUAGACAUCUUGCAGAGACUAAGCAUAAUGAUAGAUGUGGCAUGUGCGUUGGAAUAUCUCCACCAUGGGUGCUCAUUACCUGUGAUUCACUGUGAUCUGAAGCCUAGUAAUGUCUUGCUAGAUGAGGAUAUGGUUGCCCACCUAAGCGACUUUGGUAUUUCAAAACUACUUGGUGAAGAUGUGAGUGAUUUAUACACUAAAACCGUAGCAACAUUUGGUUAUAUUGCACCGGAGUAUGGACUGGAUGGAUUGGUGUCAACAAAAUGUGAUGUCUAUAGUUACGGGAUCAUGUUGAUGGAAACGUUUACAAGGAGAAAGCCUAAUGAUGAAAUGUUCGAGGGAGAUCUUAGCUUGAAGCAAUGGGUGAGUAAUUCACUUCCAGAGGCAGUAAUGGAUGUUAUAGAUGCUAACUUGGUAACACCAAAUGAUAGUUACUUGAAGUUAGAUUGUGUGGCAUCGAUCAUGAAAGUGGCAUUAGAUUGUUGUGUUGAAUCUCCGGCAAGAAGGACAAACAUGAAAGAUGUUGUAGGGAUGCUACAAAAGAUCAGGAUUCAACUUCUCGCAUGUUGAACAUGUUCUUGGAAACUCUUAUUCCCAAUUACUUGUUUUGUUGCAAAUGCUUGCUAAAUUAUUGUAUGGAUGUGAAGAAUGUAUUUUUAUUUUAGCACUUUUGAAAUCCUAAUUACAAUAAAUCUUAUUAUUUCCUCUUAAAAUCAAUGUUCUAAUUAAAUUGGUAGAUCACAAUCAAUAGAGGAAAAUAAUUCUUUCUA